AUGCCUUCACUGGCAGUGUCUUGUCCAAUAUGCCUGCAGCCUGUUUUGGAGGAGAACAUCAAUAAACAUUUAGACAGCGGCUGCAGUAUUCAUGUGGCAUCUCUAGGAGAAUCCUCUUCUCAACCCAAAAACACAGCGCCCAAGAAGUUGGCACCUAUUUUCAACAAGACCCGUGACAAACACACCGGCACCUUGGCUGACGGCUCUUCACCACCUCCAUCGAUGACCCAAGACACACCUACCUCCAAGAAACGCAAGCAUGAGGUGUCAUCACUCUCUCGAAUGUCGAACAAACACUUCAAAGGCACGCCUUCUAAUUUCAAGUCUGCCAUCCCUCUUGCAGAAAGGCUUCGCCCACAAUGCCUGGAUGAAUUCUUCGGGCAGAAGCACUUGACUGGCCCCGGGUCUCUUCUAAUGAAUAUGCUGGAUAGUGGUAUAAUUGGCAGUCUUAUAUUAUGGGGACCACCUGGCUGUGGAAAGACCACUUUGGCAAGAUUACUAGCACGGCACGUGGACUGCAAUUUCAGGGAGCUAAGCGCGACUUCUUCUGGUACGAACGAUGUUCGCGCAGUGAUCGAAGAGGCGAAAGCAAUCCUUUCAUUGACAGGAAGAAAAACGAUACUGUUCUUGGACGAGGUACAUCGUUUCAACAAGGCGCAACAGGACAUCUUCCUUCCAUUUAUUGAGCAAGGUCAAAUCCAGAUGAUUGGAGCGACGACCGAGAAUCCGUCGUUCAGGCUCACAGGCGCCUUGCUGAGUCGUUGCAGAGUAUUAGUACUCGAGCGCUUGACAAACGAAGAUAUUCGAGAUAUCAUCUCCAGUGCUGUAGAGCGAGUCUUGGCAUCUGCUCCUCGUGAACAACCAGAAUCCGAAAGAGCGAUUAGCCCACCGGCGGGUGCGGAACCCACGAUGUCGCAAACUUCGCUGUCUCAGUCUCAAUCCUCGCAGGCGUCUAUCAGUUGUGAUCGUUCAUUUCUGCCGUACCCCCAACUCACAGACCGCGUCAUAUCUUCCAUUGUAUCUCUUUCUACGGGGGAUGCACGGACUGCGUUAUCUUUACUAGAGCUUGUUCUGGCUACUAAACCAGAUAGAGAUGAAGAUACCCUCCUCGCAUCAUUACGGCGAAGUGUGUCGGCUUCUUAUGAUCGUUUAGGGGAGAGCCAUUACAACACGAUCUCAGCGCUCCACAAGAGCAUCCGCGGUAGUCAGGGUAGUGCUGCGAUGUACUGGCUAGCACGGAUGCUGACAGCAGGAGAAGACCCGUUGUACAUCGCGAGAAGAUUGGUAGUCUGUGCAAGCGAAGAUAUCGGGUUGGCUGACACGCACGCCCUCCCUUUGGCAAUGGCGGCUCUUCAAGCUUGCCAAGUUAUUGGCAUGCCAGAGUGCCGAAUCAAUCUAGCACAUUGUGUAGGUUAUCUAUCGGAGGCGCCGAAAUGUACUCGCGCUUACGAGGCAUACAACCGGGCAGAGAAAGCGGCAAAGUUAGAUCUGACAAUGCCUGUGCCCAUGGCGGUCCGUAAUGCUCCGACAGCCCUCAUGAAAGAGCUUGGCUAUUCAGAAGGCUACAAUUAUAACCCAAAUUUUCGGUGCGCCAACACUUUCGGGAUGCUCACUGAAGCCUUGCUUAAUUCGCCUGCACGCAGACAUCCCGUGCACAAUGACUACCUCCCAAUUCCGUUCCGUGGGGAUAAAUUUUUAAAGGAAUCUGGAGACCUGUCAGACAAGGAGUGGAAUGAACAGGAGUUGUUACGUUGGGAGCAAGAAGAAAAUGGGGGACGGCCGUGGGAAGGUCGCUAG